AUGCUGCUUCGGGUCUUGUUUGAUCUGUUUUCUUUCCAAAAUGUAUGCUUGUUUGGACUUACUGUCACAACAAUGGCUUGCGGUGCGCUAUUUUUACUGUCUUCGAUUGUGCCAUGGCCCAAACGAAAACGAAGCGAUUUCAUUGCGCCAACAAAAACAUAUGCUGGCAAGGAUGAGGGAGUAAGCUUGAACAAUCUAUUGCGUGAAGAUCCGAGGGAAAAGCCUCUCUAUACCGAAUCUUCUUUGUAUCUCAGCGUUGUGAUCCCAUCAAUGAAUGAAGAGGAACGUUUGCCAAAGAUGUUGGAUGAGUGCUUGGAUUACCUGCUGAAAAGAAAGAAAGAUGAGGAGGAAUUCAGCUUUGAACCCUUGAAUGAAGCAGUAGAGGUGGAAAUAUCUUACCUGAGAGUGACCAACUCUUUAAAGUCUGACAAAUAUCCUGCUCCUUACCUGAGAGUGACCAACUCUUUAAGGUCUGACAAAUAUCCUGCUCCGGUUAAGCGCUAGGU